CAGGUCCAGGACCAGGACCAGGACCAGGACUGUCCAGAGUCCAGCUUUUCCUCUGCUGGUCUGCAGGUUUCCAGAGGAGAGUUAGGAGGAUUCAACUCCGUGAGGCAAAGCUCCAAUCUUGUUGCAGCGGCCUCAGGACCUGAAGCCCGUAACACUGACACCAAGAAUCAUAAAGGAAGACCCAAAAGAUACUGCUGUGAUCAUUGCGAGCAAGUCUUCACCACUUUAUCAAACCUGAAGAUCCAUAAGAAAACUCACACUGGUGAUAAACCAUACAGCUGUGAUCAGUGUGAUGCGGCUUUUACCCGACAAGAUCAUCUAAAGAAUCACCAACGUAUUCACACUGGAGACAAGCCUUACAGAUGUGAUCAGUGUGGAGCGGCUUUUGCCCGGCAAGAUGCUCUAAUUAGUCACCAACGUAUUCACACUGGAGACAAGCCUUACAAAUGUGAUCACUGCGAGGUGGCUUUUACCCGACAAUUUCAUCUAAUAACCCACCAACGUAUUCACACUGGAGAAAAGCCUUACAGAUGUGAUCAGUGUGGAGUGGCUUUUGCCCGGCAAGAUGCUCUAAUUAAACACCGACGUAUUCACACUGGAGACAAACCUUACAGAUGUGAUCAGUGUGGAGCGGCUUUUACCCUAAAAUUUCAUCUAAUAACCCACCAACGUAUUCACACUGGAGAAAAGCCUUACAGAUGCGAUCAGUGUCGAGCGGCUUUUGCCCACCAAAGUGCUCUAGUUCGUCACCAACGUAUUCACACUGGGGAAAAGCCUUACAGAUGCGAUCAGUGUGGAGUGGCUUUUGCCGAACAUGGUCAUUUGACGACUCACCAACGUAUUCACACUGGAGAAAAGCCUUACAGAUGCGAUCAGUGUGAAGCGGCUUUUGCCCAGCAAAGUGGUCUAAUUAGUCACCAACAUAUUCACACUGGGGAAAAGCCUCACAAAUGUGAUCAGUGUGGAAUGGCUUUUGUCCAACGAGGUCAUUUGACGAGUCACCAACGUAUUCACACUGGAGACAAGCCUUUCAAAUGCGAUCAGUGUGGAGCGGCUUUUGCCCGGAAAGGUGAUCUUAUUAGUCACCGACGUAUUCACACUGGGGAAAAGCCUUACAAAUGCGAUCAGUGUGGAGCGGCUUUUGCCCAACAAGGUCAUUUGACGGGUCACCGACGUAUUCACACUGGAGACAAGCCGUACAGAUGUGAUCAGUGUGGAGCGGCUUUUGCCCAGAAAAGUGCUCUAAUUAGUCACCAACAUAUUCACACUGGAAACAAGCCUUACAAAUGCGAUCAGUGUGGAGCAGCUUUUGCCUGGCCAGGUGCUCUAACGAGUCACCAACGUAUUCACUCUGGAGACAAGCCUUACAGAUGUGAUCAGUGUGGAACGGCUUUUGCCCGGCAAGGUCAUUUGAGGAGACAUCAACUUAUUCACACUGGAGUUAAGCCUUACAGAUGCGAUCAGUGUGAAGCGGCUUUUGCCCGGCAAGAUGAUCUAAUUAGUCACCGACGUAUUCACACUGGAGACAAGCCUUACAGGUGUGAUCAGUGUGGAACGGCUUUUGCCCGGCAAUGUCAUUUGAAGAGGCAUCAACGUAUUCACACAGGAUAAUAG